GUCAAACUCAAUCGACCUUUGACAUACUUCAUCCCCAUUAAUUUCUUUGGUAAUCAUCCAAAAUCAGUAUCAAAAUUUUUCCGUGAUUUUGUUUCCUUCCCCCUGAUUGCUGUUCUUAACAAAAAAGCAAUCUGGCCUGCAAAAAUGAAAUGGGAGAGGCGAACUCGACCGUCUGCUCACCGAUGGAUCUAGAUUCGGGUAGAUGUAUGAGCAUCCAAGCGAUGCAGGCCCUGUUCGACCUGAAGGAGAGCAAUCAGUUAUGUGAUGCGACACUUAUAUUAGACGACGGCUCUGAGAUCCCGGUGCACAGAGCGAUCCUGUGCGCCUGCAGUCCAUAUUUUAGGGCUCUGUUCACCACCAGUCUACACAACAACGAGAAAAGUCGAGUCCAUUUGCCGGGGAUAUCCUCGGAAAUGGUUCACAUGCUACUGGUCUACGUCUACUUGAGGAAGUUACAUUUGACCGAAGAGAACGUGUACUCGAUCCUGAUUGCGGCCGACUACCUGUGCAUCCUGGGCGCGUUGGACUUGUGCGGUAAAUAUUUAGAGACGAAUUUGAAACCUACAAACUGUAUCGGGAUUUUGGCGUUUGCCAAGAUUCAUUUCUGCCAGAACCUGGCGGACAGCUGCUGGAGGUACAUCAUGAAGAAUUUCUCGCAGAUCGCCCUACAAAGCAACGAGAUUCUCACCCUGUCGCUUAAGGAGCUGCAAGAGAUCAUCAAUGCCGACAAUUUAAAUGUUAAAAGUGAGGAGACCGUGUGGGAAACCAUCCUGCGUUGGAUCGACUAUUCCACUGAAACGCGAAAAGUCCAUAUCGUGGAACUGAUGAAGUGUAUCAGGCUCGGGUUGCUGGAUACGCAAUUUUUCUUGGAGAGAGUGAAGGAUCAUCCGUAUGUGGUCGGUUGCGAGGCGAGCAGACCGAUGAUCAUUGAAACCCUUAAAUUUUUAUACGACUUGGAAAUGAUAACGCACAGAGACGGCGAGGUGGUGACCCCCGAAAUCGCUCGUCCAAGGGUCCCCCACGAAAUCCUGUUUGCUAUUGGAGGCUGGAGCGGAGGCUCCCCCACUAACUUCAUCGAAACUUACGACACCCGAGCUGACAGAUGGGUCAAGGUCGAAGAGGUCGACCCUACCGGCCCGAGAGCCUACCACGGCACCGCAGUUGUCGGCUUUAACAUUUACGUUAUCGGCGGUUUCGACGGCAUGGACUACUUCAACUCGUGCAGGUGCUUCGAUGCGGUACGCAAAACCUGGAAAGAAAUCGCCCCGAUGCACGCCAGAAGAUGCUACGUGAGUACCGCGGUCCUGGAAGAUCAAAUUUACGCAAUGGGAGGUUAUGACGGGCAUCACAGGCAAAACACUGCCGAGCGAUACGAUUACAAAACGAACCAGUGGACGCUGAUCGCCCCCAUGAACAUGCAACGGUCAGAUGCCAGUGCUUGUACGUUAAAUGGGAAAAUAUACAUCACGGGGGGUUUUAAUGGGCAAGAGUGCAUGCACUCCGCGGAAGUUUUCGAUCCUGAGAUAAACCAGUGGUCCCUUAUAGCCCCCAUGCGGUCCAGAAGGUCUGGGGUGUCGUGCAUCUCCUACCACGACCAAAUUUACGUUAUAGGAGGUUUCAACGGAAUAUCCAGGAUGUGCAAUGGGGAAAAGUAUAACCCGCUGAACAACACCUGGACUGCCAUUCCGGACAUGUAUAAUCCCCGCAGUAACUUCGCCAUCGAGGUGAUCGACGAUAUGAUUUUCGCUAUUGGAGGGUUCAACGGAGUGACCACCAUUUACCACGUCGAAUGUUACGACGAGAAGACGAACGAGUGGUACGAAGCCACCGACAUGAACAUUUAUAGAUCCGCGUUAUCCGCCUGCGUAAUCGACGGCCUACCGAACGUCCAAGACUACAUACAUAAACAUAGAGAUCGCUUAAUGGAGGAGAAGCGACAGAAAAUGAUCGCCUUGGAAAACCAACGGAACAUGGCAGGGAUGGCUAACAACCAGGCUAAUAAUGCACAAGAGAACAUUGCUGCCGCUGUUAAUGCUAAUAUGCAGCAGCUCAAUAUUCUUCAGCAACUUAAUGCCAACUUGAAUCCCGCUUUGAUGCCAGCAGCUGCGCCUGCGCAAGUACCUUUGGCGCCGGUGCCAAAUCCUCAGCCAAUGGACGUAGACAACAACGACGAGGAUGGUAUUCAGUAGUAGUAGUUUUAUGUGAUUAAGUCCAUUCACAUUGUCAAAGAAAAAUUUAAUUAAAAAAAUACAUAAAAUGUCAUAUAUACUCUUGCCCAUAGGAAGUUAGUCAGUAGAAUACCUAAGGCUGUCAUUAAUAUAUUGUCAAAAAGA